AUGGAGAAGACGACGAUUUGGAGGCCAAACGUCAGGAUCGACAUCGAAGACGUCGUCGCGGAUGCUGAAGUCGCGGAUGAGGUGAACGAUGCGAGUCUGACGAAGAAGGGGACGAAACGGAAGAGAGCCCACGUCGGCCCGUGCGAGCACGGGGUGAAGUAUCGCUCAUACUGUAAGGUGUGCAGUGCUUGCUCUCACGGUCGUCGGCGCUCUACGUGCAAGGAGUGCGGUGGUGCAUCAAUCUGCGAGCACGGUCGUGUGCGCUCUCAGUGCAAGGAGUGCGGCGGGUCUGAAAUCUGCGAGCACGGUCGUCGGCGCUCUCUGUGCAAGGAGUGCGGCGGGGGCUCAAUCUGCGAGCACGGUCGUCAGCGCUCUCAGUGCAAGGAGUGCGGCGGGGGCUCAAUCUGCGAGCACGGCCGUCGGCGCUCUACGUGCAAGGAGUGCGGUGGAGGCUCGAUCUGCGAGCACGGCCGUCGGCGCUUUCGGUGCAAGGAGUGCGGCAAAGAGUGUUAG